CUGGUCUUUUCUGGCUUCGCCUUGCCUUGGAGGCGCAUCUAAAUUCAACGCCACGAUAUUAGAUUUUACAUUUCGAAACAUAAGAGUCCUAAGAGGCAGUCGCAAAGAUGUCUGGACGACGCGACUUUCUCAAUCAACCGGCCCCCGAGAACUACGUCGCUGGUCUCGGUCGUGGCGCCACUGGAUUCACCACCCGCUCAGAUCUUGGGCCGGCGCGCGAGGGCCCGAGUGAGGAUCAGAUCAAAGAAGCGCUCGCAAAGCGCGCGGCACAGCUCGGCGCAGCUGCCCCAUCAGCAUACGGAGUUCCUGAGAAGAAAGAAGAGGAAGACGACGACGAGCGCUUCCAGGAUCCCGAGAACGAGGUCGGACUAUUCGCUGGGGGAACGUAUGACAGGGAGGACGAUGAGGCAGACAGGAUAUACCAAGAUGUAGAAGAGAAGAUGGAUAGGCGGCGGAAGAUACGCAGGGAAGCACGCGAGAAAGCCGAGCGCGAAGAAUACGAGCGCAAUAAUCCGAAGAUCCAACAGCAGUUUGCGGACCUCAAGCGCGCGCUUGGUACCGUUACCGAUGAGGACUGGGCGAACCUACCAGAGGUGGGCGAUCUGACGGGCAAGAAUCGCAGGAGCAAGCAAGCUCUCAGGAACAAGUUCUAUGCCGUUCCGGAUAGUGUGUUGGCUGCCGCUGGGACCACAGGACAAAUGGGAACGACGGUUAUGGAGGACGGAAUGGCGUCAACGACUGAGCAAGGAGACGGGACAAUGACGAACUUUGCGGAUAUCGGAGCGGCGAGAGAUAAGGUCCUGCAGGUUCGUUUGGACCAGGCUUCAGCGGGCAAUGGUGGAGAUUCCGUGGCAGGAAGUGCUACAAAUAUUGACCCUAAGGGUUAUCUCACCAGUCUGGCAAAAUCACAUAUCGGCGAAGGCGAUGCGCAAGUGGGCGACAUCAAGCGCGCACGAGUGCUGCUGGAAUCUGUUAUUCGAACGAACCCGAAGCACGCCCCUGGCUGGAUUGCGGCGGCGCGUCUGGAAGAACUUGCGGGCAAGAUGGUUGCUGCGAGGAAUGUCAUCGCGCGGGGCUGCGAGCACUGUCCCAAGAGCGAAGAUGUGUGGGUGGAGAAUAUCCGACUCAACGACAACCACAAUGCGAAGAUUAUUGCGGCAAACGCGAUCAAGAAUAACGACCACUCGAUAACCCUAUGGAUUGAGGCUAUGAACCUUGAGGCAGAGCCGAGGGCUAAGAAGAGGGUAAUACGUCACGCGUUGGAUCACAUCCCACAAUCUGUUUUGCUAUGGAAAGAGGCCGUCAAUCUGGAGGAAGAUCCAAACGAUGCCAAGCUCUUGUUAGCCAAGGCAACAGAGAUCAUCCCACUGUCCGUCGAAUUAUGGCUGGCACUGGCUAGACUUGAAACUGCUGAAAAUGCGCAAAAGGUUCUCAACAAGGCCCGCAAAGCUGUCCCAACAUCUCAUGAAAUUUGGAUUGCUGCGGCAAGGCUUCAGGAACAACAAGAAGUGGCAAGUGGCGUUCCGAGCAAGAUCAAUGUCAUGAAGCGUGCCGUCCAGGCCCUUGCCAAGGAGUCUGCUAUGCUUAAGAGAGAAGACUGGAUCACCGAAGCCGAGAAGUGCGAAGACGAAGGUGCAAUUCUGACCUGCGGCAACAUCAUCAGAGAGAUUCUGGGGUGGGGCCUCGACGAGGAUGAUGACCGAAAGGACAUCUGGAUGGACGAUGCCAAGUCUAGUAUUGGGAGAGGGAAAUACGAAACAGCAAGAGCUAUCUAUGCCUACGCACUCCGUGUAUUUGUCAACAGCAAGACCCUGUGGCUUGCUGCUGCUGACCUGGAGAAGAAUCACGGUACAAGGGAGACUUUGUCGCAUUUGUUGGAGAAGGCUGUGGAGGCUUGCCCACAGAGCGAGGUUCUGUGGAUGAUGCUCGCCAAAGAGAAAUGGCAGGCUGGGGAGAUCCAGGAGGCAAGGAUGGUACUCGGCAGAGCCUUCAACCAGAACCCGAACAACGAAGACAUCUGGCUUUCUGCUGUCAGGCUCGAAGCUGAUAAUGGCGAACCGGACCAGGCGAGGAAUCUGCUCAAGGUCGCGAGACAAGAAGCUCCCACCAACCGUGUUUGGAUGAAGAGUGUUUCUUUCGAGCGCCAGCUCGGCAAUGUCGACGCCGCGCUGGACCUUGUUAACGAAGCCCUGCAAUUAUUCCCUGCGGCUGACAAGCUGUGGAUGAUGAAGGGACAGAUCUACGAGGGCGAAGGGAAACUUCCCCAAGCCCGCGAAGCCUACAGCACAGGCACAAAAGCCUGUCCCCGUUCGGUAGCUCUAUGGUUGCUCUACUCACGCCUCGAGGAGAAAGCAGGAAUGGUUGUCAAGGCCCGAUCUGUACUUGACCGUGCCCGCCUCGCUGUUGCCAAAUCGCCAGAGCUGUGGGUGGAAUCUAUUCGCGUCGAAAGACGAGCAAAUAAUAUUAGUCAGGCAAAGGUUCUCAUGGCGAAGGCGCUACAGGAAGUCCCAAAGAGUGGUCUGCUGUGGAGUGAGUCUAUUUGGCACUUGGAGCCUCGAACCCAGCGCAAGCCCCGCAGUUUGGAAGCUAUCAAGAAGGUUGAUGACGAUCCGAUACUCUUCGUGACCGUAGCGCGCAUCUUCUGGGGCGAGCGCAAGCUGGAAAAGGCGCAGAAUUGGUUCGAGAGGGGCAUUGCGUUGGACCCGGACUUGGGAGAUACUUGGGCGUGGUAUUAUAAGUUCCUGAUGCAGCAUGGAACGGAUGAGAAACGUGCAGACGUCGAGGCAAAGUGUAUUCUUAGCGAGCCGAGGCAUGGCGAGAUAUGGCAGAGCGUUGCGAAGGAUCCGAAGAAUGCGUCCAAGAAGACAGUAGAGAUUCUAAAGACUGUAGUGACGCGGCUGGAGUGAUAUGAAUAGAAGUGUGUUACAAAUAGGUCAAGAUAUGGGUCUUGCAGGCGUUACUGGAAAUACAGGUUGAUAAUGCCAAGGCAUAUCCUCUUACACGGUCUCAGUUUACAAUCAGACCCUUUUUUCAAGGUGCCAAAUCCAACGAGAAUGUAUAUAGAAUAUAAUUCCUGGGUAACCGCCUUAUUUGUUGUAGCCCUG